CACAUCUGUUCCAACCCACCUACAAAUCUCUUAGCUAAUUUUGACAUCCGGCUGGGGUAAAAAGGUUCAGAAUUGAGGAGAAUCUGCCUGGAACCUCAAAAUAUUCAUUUAACCUGGCCUGAAAAGUCAUUUCUUUGCUCUGGGCAGUUCAAAGACACUCAAACUCAGGAUCAUCUGAUGCACAACACAGGGUGGAAGUGUUGCUUCGAACUCUAAAAAAUCAAAUCCAUCAAGAAAAGAAUGAGGUUACUCCACCUACUACUAGUGGGCUUCAGCCUGGGUUUUUCAGGAGCAGCAGGGGGCUUUGUGACCCAUGUGGAGACUGGCUGUGUGCUGGAUGAAGAUGGAUCAGUAAAGGACUUCACAUAUUGUGUCUCCUUCAACAAGGAUGUGUUGACCUGCUGGGACUCAGAGACUAACAAGAUGGUCCCUGUUGACUUUGGGAUACUGCAUAUGGUAGCUGAAGAGCUUUCUAAAGAUCUCAAUAAAGAUAGUGACUUGAGAAACCGCCUGAGUAAUGGAUUCCAGGACUGUGCCAGUCACACAAAGCCCUUCUGGGGGCCAUUGACCCACAGAACACGGCCACCAUCAGUACUAGUAGCCCAGACCACGCCAUUCAACACAAGGGAGCCGGUGAUGCUGGCCUGUUAUGUAUGGGGCUUCUAUCCUGCUGAUGUGGCCAUUUUUUGGUUGAAGAAUGAGCAGCCUAUCCCAUACAGUGGCAUCCAGAGGGCUGUACAAUCCAAUGGAGACUGGACUUACCAGACACGCUCUUACUUGGCCCUUACUCCCUCUAGUGGUGAUAUUUACACUUGCCGUGUAGAGCACAGUGGGAGUUCUCAGCCCAUCUUAGAGACCUGGACACCUGGCCUCUCUCUGAAGCAGAUAGUGAAGGUCUCUGUAUCUGUAGUGACUCUGUGCCUUGGCCUCAUCUUCUUCUUCCUUGGCCUGGUUAUCUGCCGAAAAGCUGGCUCCUCUGACUACACUCCUCUCUCAGGGUCCAAUUAUCCUGAAGGUAGAAACUUCUCAUAAAGGCUGAUACUCUGCAGUCUUGGCUCAGUAGAUAGAGUACUUGGGCCCGGUAUCAAGAAGACAUGAGUUCAAAUCUGGUCUCAGACACCAGUUGUGUGAGCCUGGGCAAGUCAUUUAACAUCU